GCUCCAUGCAUUUCAGGGGAUUUGGCUGUGAUUGGGGAACAUGACCGUGUCAGCUGGGACGAGGCAGCGUAGCAUAGCGCCACACAGCUAGCACUGGACAGAACACGAGCAGGGAUGGAAAAAAGGAAAGGAAAGAAGCAGGAAAGGCUGCCCCGCUCCUUGCGCCUGCCUAGCGCGUAGCGCCCUAGCCUAACCUCCCCCUUUUCCCUUGUUUGCCCCUCCAUCCAUCUUCUUUCCCAACUUUUGUACCCACCCUUGCCUCCACCUCCCGCUGCAAAAGUUGAAGCGAGGAGCCCUGCACUGCACUUGGGUCCUACAAAGGUCCCGUCCCUGAGCUUCCUUUACUUGCUUGCUUGCAAAGUUGCAACCCAGUCCCAGCCCUGCAAGAAACUCCUAGUCCUAGGCUGCUGAGGGAGCAAGCAAAGCAACGGAAACGAAAGGCAGCACCCCACCGAAGGCGAAGAGGUGCCUCAGCCGAUCCGUCCUCUCCCUCCUCUUGCUAGCUGCUGCUUCGUCGCCGACGACGAGAGUGGUAGCUGCUGCUUCUCCUUCGGCCUUCCUUUUCUAUCCCCCUUCCCUGUCUGAAUCUUUUGCGACGCCCACGUCCAUCCAUUCCAUCCGCUUGCUGUCUCUCCGAGUUCCUUCUCCCUCCGCCCUACCAUGCAUCCCCGACCAGGCAUCACGCACGCACACCGUAUAUAUGUUUACUGCCAUCGCUAGGUACAACAAAGGAGUCGAGUGAGCAGUGGACAGCAGCUCGCCUCCCGGCAAUUAUUGUCAGUAAAUUGUCCCCCACCUCCGCCAUCGUCCUCUUCCUGUGCUGUCUCCAACCACCACUUACCCUGCUGCCUUCUCUUCCUCUUCCUUCGCCGCCCGCCUUUUCUCGGACCCCACCCGCGGGGUUGCUCCUUGCUUCCUGUAUCCAUCCAUCCAUCCGUGUCCUCCACUCCUCCGCCCGUUAUAAAGCUCAAGCCACCGCUCGCUGCAGCCGCCCGGCCGCGCCUGGCCUAGCAGCUCUGCUCACUGUGUGAGCAUCCACGUUGCCUCCCCACAACCCCCCUAGCGUCUGCUGUUCUUGGAUUCUUAAUUGCAUGCUGCCGCUGUGAUCUCUCUGUCUCCCGUCCUCCAAACCGUUUGCUUGCAAUCAACCUCGCUUUUUUUUUUUGGGGGGGGGGGGGGGGGGGGGGGGGGGGGGUACGGUCUCUGCUUGCUUGUGUACUCUCCGCCUCUUUCCGGCCCGUCCGCUCUGGGCACGCAGCUGGUGUCUGUCUCCGACGGCCUGCUUCUGCGCACGCAGCAGCGGAGCGGAAACGCGCUCCCAAAAUCCACCGUUUGGAGCAGGCAGCCGACAGCCGUCACCAGCGCCGACGACUGCAAGCGAGGUGCCUUCCUGCCUGACUUGAGCCCCGCCCCGACCCCGACUCCGACGAGAGGGCUGCUCUGCCUCUGCUACGCCCAGCAAGGAUCCCGAGAACAAGCAAGCAGCAACGCACACGCGCGUGCCAUUGCGACGGGCUGUAAGCCUGUAGCCAUGGACUGGGACGCCAAGAUGCUCCCUGCCUGGGACCUGGGCACGGUGGUCGUGCCCAUCGGCGGCGGCGGCGGCGCGCUGGACCUGAAGCUGGGCGCGCCGACGAGCUCGAGGGCGGCGGUGGCCACGGCCGCGCCCACGCUGCCGUCGGCGAACCCUCCGCCGCCGCCGCCGCCGCCGUCGUCGUCCGCGCCGCCGAAGCGGCCGCGCCCGGGCCACGCGCAGCAGGCGGCGCCGGCGUGCUCCGUGCAGGGCUGCGACGCCGACCUGUCCCAGUGCCGCGACUACCACCGCCGCCACAAGGUCUGCGUGGCGCACUCCAAGGCGCCCUUCGUCACCGUCGCCGGCCAGCAGCAGCGCUUCUGCCAGCAGUGCAGCAGGAGGAGUGACAAGGUUCACAUCGUACCCACACCGCUUCACCACAUCCAUCGCAAAGCCCGAAUGGGGGGCGGUCGUCAAGACGGAGACCGACGCGUUCCAAGACCAGUACUACCCUGCCGUCCACCUCAACGGCGCCGGCGCCGGCGCCCUCUUCCACGACAAGGACCGGAAGCACCUCCCAUUCCUGACCAACCACAACAAUGGAUGCCAGCCAUUCACCGUCACCACGACGGCUUCCUCAGAGAGCAGCAGCAAGCACAGCAACGGCAACUGUGCUCUCUCUCUUCUGUCAGACAACCCGACACCAGCACAGGCACAGACGGCCACGAUCCCUACCGCGCAGCCCCUCGUCGCCACGGCAUCGCAGUACGGCAGGCUCCCUGGCGGCGACGACGACGACGUCUCCCUCGCCGGGAUGUCGUACAUGAGGGUGGGAGACAGCCGGCAGGCUUCCAAUCUGACAACGUCCUCACCCGGUCCUGCCACUGCAGCUGCAACACAGCAGCACCUGCAGUACCACCAUGGCUACUACUACCAUGUGAGCGGUGGCGAGCAGGGCAACAACAGCCCAGAUGGCGCCGCCAUUCAGGCCCUCCCCUUCUCGUCGUGGUAGACGCGCGACUUUCUGAUGAAGAUCAUGUGCUAGGAUAGGCAGGCAGUCGCUCUUGUUGUUCACCAAACACAUGGGUUGUAACACUAGGCUCGGUCAUACUGAAAAACCAUGACAAAAAAUGUCCAUUUUUCAGCUUGUUCUGAUAGGUCUAAUCUAUGGAAAAUUCUUCCCUAAGUUACUAUGUGAUUCAGAAUCGUGUAAAAAUGCCCACUUUCAGUUGCCCA